AUGGCCACCGCUGUCGCCAAGGAGGAAGGUGCCCGUGCGGUCUCUGGAAAACAGUCCAUCACGUCUGCCGACCAGGAUGUUGAUCAGAGCAAAGGCGAACUGGUGAAUGCUUCAGGACACGUGCAAGAGCUUGAUCGUCAGUUCAAUCUGGUGAGUCUUGCGGGAGCUGGGCUUGUGACAGGAAACGUUUGGCCAGCCUUGGGCGGAAGCAUUUUGGUGGCAAUCUUCAAUGGCGGCCCACCAGGCGUCCUGUACGAGUUCAUUGCGGUGUCGGUGUUUUACUGGAUUGUUGCUGCAAGCAUUGCUGAAUUGGCGUCUGCGAUACCUUCCAGCGGCGGAGUCUAUCAUUGGGCUUCAGUGACUGCUGGCCGCAAAUGGGGCCGAAUGAAUGGCUUUUUUGGUGGCUACUGGAACUGGCUGGCGUGGAUCUUUGGUUGCGCUUCCAUGAGUUUCAUUUUUGCCAACACCGUAGUGCAAAUGUACGGUGUCACUCAUGCCGAUUUCACAGCCAAGCAGUGGCACGUCUUCGUGGUAUACUUGAUCGUCACAUGGCUUGCAUGCCUUGUGGUAUGCUGUUUCAACCGUGCCAUGCCGUACAUGACCCAGGUCGGCAUCUUCUUCAUCUUGGCCGGCUUCUUGAUUACCGUCGUCGUUUGCGCUGCGAUGCCCGGACAUGGUGGCAGACCUGCCCAUGCCACCUCAAGCUUUGUCUGGAGCGAAUGGAACGCCGACAUUGGAUACGGAGCUGGUUUUACGUUUGUCGCAGGCAUGCUGAACGGUGCCUUUGCCGUUGGAACGCCAGAUGUCACAACCCAUUUGGCAGAGGAAAUUCCCAAUCCACAGACGAAAGUCCCUCAAGCCAUCGCCUGGCAAAUGGGUAUUGGCUUUGUGACGGGUUUCCUAUACCUGAUUGCCAUUCUCUAUGCGAUCAACGAUUACGAUGCGCUCUUCGACUCCGCGUACCCCAUCGCUGAGAUCUAUCGGCAAGCCACAGGCUCCUCUGCUGGCGCCAUCGGAUUGUUGUGUCUAUUGUUGUUCUGCAUCACCCUCAAUGUUGUGGGCGUCUACAUCACCGCUGGACGGACACUUUGGACACUGGCUCGGGACAGAGCUACACCUUUUCCAGAUACUCUCAGCAAAGUCAACCCGCGCCUGGGUAUGCCUCUCAACGCGACCAUCGUUUGCGGUGUUUUCGCCACUAUUCUCGGAUGUAUCUACGUUGGAAGCACCACCGCCUUCAACGCGUUUGUGGGUAGCUACGUCCUGAUGAGUUCGGCAUCCUACCUUGCCGCUAUCCUUCCACACUUGCUCACUGGCCGGAAGAAUAUCAUCUUUGGUCCUUUCAGGCUCAGGGGCUGGCUCGGUUAUGCCAUGAACUUCGUCGGUUGCGGGUACAUGAUGUCUUGGUUCGUCAUCUACUCGUUCCCAUUCGCGCUUCCGGUCGACGCGCAGAACAUGAAUUAUGCUUGCCUCAUCUGGGGAGGCUUGACCAUUUUUGUGGCGGCCUGGUGGUUUAUUGGAGCUCGCAAAAACUACGAGGGCCCUACAGCGACUGGAGGUACAUCGGAGGUGGAACAGAUUCGACGAGCGAGCGUGGAAUUGAAAAGGGGAUCAGUUUAG